CGCCAUUAGCAGAGAAAUGGCGUCCAAGGCGGCAAUGAGCGUCCCGUUGUUCCUAGCCAAGCUCCUCCGCCACCAGCAAACACGGCUGCCGGCGGCACCGUUCGCCUCAGCCACCCGGGCGAUAUCCACAGGCGGGAACCCAUUUCUGAGGAGCGGAGAAGUGGGGGCGUGCAGGGUGGAGAAGGCGGAGAAUGAGUGCUACAUGAGGGUAGACGUGCCGGGAGUCGGGGAAGACGACAUCAGAGUGUGGUCGGAGCCGGGCUUCAUUUACUUCUACGGCAGAGACGGCAAGCUCCCCGCCUACAACUAUGACGGCAGGUUCUUCGGAGGUUCCAUCAGCUUCAACCCUGACCAAUACGAUUCCGCCGGAAUUAGGUCGGAGGUUAGGAACGGAGUGCUUUGGCUGGUGGUGCCUAGGUUGAGGAAGGAUUGAUGAUUGAGCGUUAUGCUCUUUAUCCCACUGGGUUUUUGUCCUCCUCGUUUUGUCUCGUCUCUGCAAUCGCCAUUCUCCCAUCUGCAUCUGACUUUUGUAUAAUUUCUGAUUUUUGCCGGCAUAAAUAAAAAAAAAAAAUUAUUAUAAAGACAAUAUUGUCCCAAUGACUCAAAU